AUGCACCUCCCCACCCUCCUCACCCUCCUCGCCGCCUCGCUGGCCAGCGGCAUGGCGCUCCCCGACCCCACCGCCGCCCCAGACCCAAACAACAAACCCACAAAGGUCCUCGGCAAGCGCUUCGCGACGAACGUCAUGCCCGCAUCCUCGGGCCACGUCGUUUUGUCGGCGGCGACGACGGUGUCCGUCUUCGACGGCGGGAUGAAGAAGUACGACCGCGGCGUGUCGUGCGGCGGGCAGGAGGAGGGCGGCGACAAGGACGCCGUCUUCCUCGUGCAGUCGGGCGGCACGUUGAAGAACGUGAUUAUCGGCAAGGACCAGAUGGAGGGCGUGCAUUGCCUGGGGCCGUGCACGAUUCAGAAUGUUUGGUGGGAGGAUGUUUGUGAGGACGCCCUCACCAUCAAGCAAUCAUCCGGCACCUCGUACGUCGUCGGCGGCGGCGCCUUUGAAGCCUCGGACAAGAUCGUCCAGCACAACGGCGCCGGCGCCGUGUCCAUCAAGGACUUCUACGCCGAGAACUUCGGCAAGGUCUACCGCAGCUGCGGCAACUGCGGCACGCAGUACACGCGCUCCGUCACCAUGUCCGGCGUGUGGGCUGUCAACGGCAAGCUGCUCGCCGGCGUCAACUCCAACUACGGCGACAAGGCGACCAUUUCGGGCACGUGUGCGGAUGGGGUCAGUGCGAUUUGCGCGUGGUAUCAGGGCAAUGAUGAUGGGGAUGAGCCGACGCAGUUGGGGAGUGGGAUUAGCGAUUAUUGCGUUUAUGCUAAUAAUGGGGUUGAUGACUGUCCUUGA